AUGCGUCGUGGUAAUUCUAGUCGUCUGAAUUCGUUUUCGGCUUCUUUGCGGCUGGUGAAUCCGAUCACGAGGCGUUGUUUGGUCCUUCCUCAAGCACCGUAUGCACUAGCGUGGCGGGACCUUAACUAUGGAUUGGGUUACAGUUCCAAGACUGGACUAUUUAAGGUGGUUAGGUUGUAUCAUCGACAAGGUAGUGCCAAAAUUACGGCGGAAGUCAUGACUGUUAGGGAUGAAGGUGAUUGUGCUUGGGAGGUUAUGGACACGGAAUGGUCUAUUGGAAUUACGUCGAUACGAGGCAAGCCUGUUGUAUUGAAUGGUGCGUUACAUUGGCUAGUAAAUUAUGAUAAUUUGAUACUAAGGUUUGAUAUCGACCAAGAGAAGUUGGUGAUUGUUUCUCAUCUAGGCAUAUUGGAUGGGUUGCUUUGUGUGGGUGCUCCUUGUGGUUUGGCUAUCGAUGACAAAAGUGCGGAGAUAUGGGUGAUGAAGGAGUAUGGAAUCGAAAAGUCAUGGACUUGUUUUACCAUCAUUGAUGGACUCGAUAUCAAUGGGCAGUUCGUUCUAUUUCUGGAGAUUAAAGAUGGCAAGAUGACAUUAUUGACGACAUUGCCGCGUAAUCUAAGUGUUAAGGGUUACUUUAUUGAUGUUUAUGAUCCUAAACUAGGAAAGAGGGAUAAAAGGGUGCCUUUGUUAGAGGGGGUGGAUGGAAAAACAAGAGCAAGGGGGACAGUAGAUUAUUUUGUGCCUAGUUUCUUGUGA